AUGGCGAACUCGCUUCCUCCCCUCCCGUUUAACCCGGCACGAUUCCGUUCGUAUAUACUACGCCUGCCAUUAUUUACACGCGUUGUCCUUUUAAUUAUCGGCAUAGUUUGGGUGUUGGAGAUCCAGACGAUAUGGAAUGUGGUACAAUGGGGAGCACUCAUACCCAGCGAGACUAGACUGGCAUCGAUGUACCGUCUUAAUACUUAUCCAAUCAUUCAUAAUGGAUUGUUUCAUACCUUCUGGAAUAUUUUGGCUCUAACACCACUUUUGGAGAGAUUCGAGGCGGAACACGGGACGCUUACAUCUGUAGCAUUGUUUAUUGGACCAUUUUCAACUCUGCCUGCAGGGCUAUACCUGCUCGUCGAGAAGGUUAUCUUAAGGGGCAACACUCCUGUGCUGGGCUCCAGCGUCUGGAUAUUCUUGCUUCUGGGAGUUGAGGCAAUAAAAACAUUCCAAACAAACCCGCAUUUUGUUUUGGGGUCGUACAGAAUACCAACGUGGACAACGCCAUUGUUAAUAGUCCUUGUGGUAUUUGCCCUGAUUCCCAACACCAGUUUCUUGGGUCACCUUUGUGGUGUCGCUAUUGGCUAUCUUUUCGGACUGGGGUACCUAAAAUUCCUCGUCCCUCCCGAGAAAAUUCUUCGCUGGAUCGAAGGGAAACUGAACCUUCUCGGAAGACUGCCUCACUACGUAUCGGUUGAUCAGAAAACAUAUGGAAGAUAUGGACUCUUGCCCACGAGGAACCCUACGACAAACGAAGACAUUGUGGGAAUGUCCAUUCCACUGGGGUCUACACAGCGUAUUUUAUGGCCUCGAAGGGAAUGUUUUCUCGAAUGUUUCUCCUUCAAUGGCUUUAAUAUGCUGCGCCGUGAUCCACGCCUGUUGUAUAAGUUCCCGUCGUACCUAUCCGUCUUCCUUGUCAUUGUCGGGGUUGUCUGGCUUCUUCUCCUCCCGCUUAACGAGUACUCCCGCAAAACAUACAUCUCCGAAAACGCGCUGUUACCGGGACAGGUACACACGUACUUUACGGGGAGCGAACAGAAUGUGUUUCGAGGAUUUAGGCGGGAACUUGAUAUGGUGAAGGAUGCAGAGUACGAGGUGAUUUCGCAAAAGAUCCAGUCAAUAUUUCGAGAAUCCGGUCUGAAAGUCGCGACUCAAAACUAUGAGUACCGAUCAGCUGGGUACACACAUGCCGGGCAAAAUGUCUACGGCGUUAUUCAUGCUCCCCGAGGAGAUGGCACAGAGGCUAUAGUUCUAGUCACUUCAUGGAAGACUGUUGACGGCGAGCUGAACCUCAAUGGCGUGACUUUGGCCUUAACUCUGGCUAGAUAUUUCAAACGAUGGUCACUAUGGUCCAAAGAUAUCAUCUUUCUAAUCACUCCGGACAGCAAAUCCGGUGCGCAGGCAUGGGUUGAUGCCUACCAUGACAUGCACCCCACUUCAGUUCAACCCCUUCCCCUGAAGAGCGGUGCCUUGCAGGGAGCUUUAGUGUUCGAAUACCCCUUCGAUCACGCAUUUGAAUCUAUCCACAUCAUAUACGAUGGAGUCAAUGGACAGCUACCAAACCUAGAUCUUUUCAACACUGCUGUUGUAGUAUCCACCGAACAGAUGGGUAUUCCGGCACACUUACAGCAAAUGUUCGAGCACGAUGACAGCUACAAAACCCGCCUGCAGACCAUGCUUCGAGGUAUGGUGAACCAAGGGCUGGGGAGUGCAGCAGGCCCCCAUAGCAGCUUUAUACCCUACCACAUUGAUGCAAUUACGCUCCAAGCAGUCGGUCACGGGUGGCAGGAUGAGAUGGCUCUUGGUAGGACGGUGGAAAGUCUUGUGCGCAGCUUAAAUAACCUCCUGGAACAUUUCCAUCAGAGCUUUUUCUUCUACAUUCUAAUGCAGACGCACCGAUUCGUCAGCAUUGGGACCUAUCUUCCCAGUGCAAUGUUGAUCGCCGGGAACUUCACCAUUAUGGCCGUUGCUUUGUGGCUAAAGAGUGGAGUGCGGGCUCCUGCAACCGACAAUGAAGACUCAGCUGUUCCCGAGAAAGCAAGAGUGGGUGGAGGGAAGGAUGCUACUAUCACAGGUGCCACAGGCGCCGGACAGGAGGGUAAUGGCAUUUUGGAGCGACAUUUGGCGCUGCCGCUGGCCUUAGUGUUCGGGUUACACCUACUUGGUGUCAUACCGCUCUAUUCUUUCAACAAUAUCUCCCAUCAAUACUUCGAACGAGCUACCUAUCUUCUAGCCUUCAUAAACAUCUUUCUUCCCAUAGUCAUCGCCGCCGUCUUAACCCGCUUCUCUUCCCCAACUGCCCAACAAUUCCUUCUCAUAAAAUCUUUUUCCCUCCUCCUACUAGGCCUCUUCCUCUCCGCCCUUGCAACGCUGAACUUCUCCCUAUCUUUCAUGAUCGGCCUCUUAUGCACUCCCCUAUCUCUCAUCGGACAUAUCCAAAAGCAACCUACCCAGAACGCAGCGCAUUCCCAAUCGUCAAACUCGACUAAUAAGGCUCAAAAGGCAACCCCUUCCUCAACAUCAGUCGCCACUAUCCUCCUAUCAGUGGUACUGGCAAAUUCCAGUGUCAACUUUACUCACCGAGGCGGCGUUCGGAUGGAAUGUAUGGGGGAUGUGGACGCAAGUGAUUGCUUGGUGUGUAUGGUGGCCAGCUUGGCUGUGUGGAUGUUUGUUACUUGCUUCCUCGGUUUUCUGAGGUCGAGUGAAGCUUUGAGGUGCCAUAUCCGUUGCGCUCGGUACGAGUUUGGGGAGUGA